AAUGCGCCGUCGUAGCUGAGACAUCGUGAUGGAGUUGUGAGCGGAGACUUCCCCAGUCGGAGCGGCGGUGGCGUUAGCGGCUGUUACACCUGAAACUUGACCUCCCCUGCGGUUCCGUUUAUUUCUGUGCCUCUAAAUACUCAUUGCUCCCCCCAUGAAGACACGGACCUGGGGGUGGACUGGACUGGACUCACUGAGUUUGGAGAAAACUGAACUUUAGGUGUGUGACAUUUUGUUUCUUCCUGCCUGUUUCUUGUCAUGUAGCCCAUCUCUCACCCCGUGCUUCCUCUCCCUGUCUCUCUCUCUUAUGUCUCUCUUCUGUUAUGUUAAGGAGCGGGCCUGCUUUCUGUCCCUUCACUCUCCUCCUUGGGUUUCAAUUCCAAACAUGGUUAUCCUUUUAGGGGCCUGUCGGCGUCCCCUCCCUUAUCCCUUCUUCUCCAUCUGUUGGCCCCUCAGUGUGGGCCGGUGGCACUGAGCAACAGGCGGGGAAGAGAAGACGAGGGCAGAGGACAGAGGAAGGGGACUCGCGAUGAGAGGAGGAGGAGGAGAAGGACAGACCCAUUCCAGCUGUGUUUCUGGAGCAAACAGAGCCGUGAGAACUUCUUCACAUUGAAGAAUUUUUCCACUGCACGGCACGGGAACAAACUUUUUUUUAUAUAAAUAUAUUUAUACUCGGAAUCAGCUGUUUAUUUGUACCCAAACACUGCAGCUUGUAGCUCUCCAGACUCUGAGCGUCUAGGAAGUUAUUUCAGUCACCGUUCCGUCAUUUGUUUUGAGCGUCCAACCGAACGAAACUGCAAACAUGAGCGCGGACAACUCGACCCUGUGGGACGCCUUGUUCUCUCCGCCGGUGUGCGGCGGCUGGAGCAACAACACCGAGGGGGCCAUCUACCAUCUGGGCAACACCAUUAUGUUUCUGGGCUACAUGGGAGGCAGCGGGGCCUUCGGCGCCCUCUUCAUCUUCGGCUUCCUGUCGCCCGCCUUCCUGUUUCUCACCCUGUGGGGCUGGCUGACCAUGUGCGGCCCGGACGUCUUCUCCUGGAACCUGCUGCUGCUGGCGGCCGCCCUGCUGCAGAUCUGCCACCUCCUCUACCGGCUCCAGCAGGAGGGCCUCCGUGGCGAGGAGCUGACCUCCCUCUACCAUGCCGUCUACCUGCCGCUGGGCGUGCCCGUCCAGGUGUUCAACGAAGUCGCCAAGGCGUUCGAAAACAAGGCAGUGGAGUUGAAGGCCGGGGAGACGUACGCCCUGGAGGGCAAGACCUACAUCGACCAGCUCUCCUUUCUGCUGUCUGGGAGGAUCAAUGUGUCUUUGGAGGGUCAGUUCCUGCAUUACAUUCACCCGCACCAGUUCCUUGACUCCCCUGAGUGGGAGUCUCUCAGACCAAAUGAAGAAGGAAAGUUCCAGGUGACGCUGACGGCAGAAGAAGACUCCCGCUACAUCUCGUGGAGUCGCCGCCGUCUCUACACGCUGAUAUCGAAGGACUGCUACAUUGCCGACCUCUUCUCCGUCAUGCUCGGCUACGACAUUUCCGAAAAGCUCUACAACCUCAACAACAAGCUCUACAUAAAGAGCGGCGUGCUACUGGACAUCCGCCUGCCGAGCCUCUACCACGUCCUGGCGCCCUCCUCGCAGGGCAGCGACGGCGGCAGUGGCAGCGACGGCAAAGAGCAACACAGCCAAGACCUAGAUCCAGCCUACCAGUCGUCCCACCCCGGACCGUCUCAGGCCCUCCAAGCUGACCAACAGGGACCAAGGACAAGCAAUGUGUCCACUGAGGACAGUCCCUAUCACCGCCCCUGGGCCACAGACCUGGAGAUGCCAUCUGGUGAGGAUUCCACUAGCCUGGUCCUGGAGGACUUUGCUGAUGUGGCGGGCUCCUUAAUGGACUAUGGCAGUGAGAAAGAUUAUUUAAGGUAGAGAGGCAGGGUGCUGGAGCUAACACACUGGGUCACCACUUAAGCUACAUGUAAGUACCUCACUUGGCUGGAUUGGGGCGCAUGGGGGCCUCGUGUGCAGGGUUGACUUGCAGUGCACAGUUCUUACUAACAUAAUAGUGAUAAAAAGGACAGAAAAUCACAGCCUCAUGUGAUAACUCAUAAUGAUUCUUAUUCAUCUGGCCUUAAUUAACAAUUUAAGGCUUAAUAUGGUUGAAUUAAUAUCAGCAAUCAGUCACAAACACAUCUAAUGUUUAGGAAAAAACCUUGUCAGUACAUAUAGAUAGACUCAGAUAUGCAUUUUUUAAAAGCAUUUUGUCCCGUAGUAGAGACAAACUUCAAUUUACUGUAUUGGGAUUUUCUUGUGAAAGACCAACAGCAAGUAUUUAUGAAAGGGGGUGGAAAUGGUAGACAC